GUCCAUUAGGUGGCAGUAGCCGACCGCGAUUUUGGGGGGCCGGUCGGGGCUGUCAGCUCACAGAAGAAGGCGGGGGAGAACGCUGUCAUGGCGGCCAAGGUGGUAAUGGUGGCCGUCCCGACUGUGCUGGGAAUAGCCUCCAUCCGUGUGUACACUGUGAAGGAAGCGCCCACUGAUGGGCUGGUUACUCGAGAAAGGCUCAAUGUCUACACCCCACUGCCGCAGUCUAACCAGGCUACGUUUGUCCCUGAGAGCCCAGGGGUCUUUGAGAGUGGAGUGACUACAGCCAGAGAGAGCGUGCUACCAUUUGUCAAGGCUGUAAAGGGUGCGUGUAUCUCUGUGAAAAGGGGAAGUGUAGAUCUGUACCAUGCUGGAGAGGAUGUAUUCUAUUACUUGAAAGACCCUCCUCCGGGUUUUCUACCCAGAUUUGGCACCAUCACCAUGGCUGGCCUGCUAGGCAUGUUCUUGGCACGGAAAGGCUCUCGUUUCAAGAGGUUAGCCAUUCCGCUGGGCCUGAUGAGUGCAGGAGCAUCAGUGUGCUACCCUGCACAAGCAGUGGCAGUGUUAAAGGUGACGGGGAAGAAGGUUUACGCUGCAGGGCAGUGGAGCCGUGCUGCAGCGUCUUCACUGCUCGCCUCCAAGGAACCGGUUGCCAAAGAGACUGCAGGUUCACAGCCACAGUCAGCUACAGUACCAAAUCCAGAGUCUCCAGUGGCUGAAGAAAUCUCCCAGCCCAGUUCCACUGCAGACACCACAGCCCAGAGCUCUACAGUCUCAGACACAGAGGUGAAAUCAGCUGAUCCUAUCUCUGAUGAGCCCAUUGUCGCUGUCAUAACAGAGGAAGAGUCAUCCGUAACAACCAGAGAAAUAUCCCCCAACCAGGCCCCCACAGAGACCAGCACAGUAGAAAAAGUAUCCGCACCUCCAUCCAUGGAACUGCCAGCCCCCGUUGAAGGUGAAGAAGCCUCAGAUAGAAAACAAGCCUCGGGGGAUGUAUCCUCGGACACGAGCCCAUCCAAGCCUGCGAGCGCAGAACCCGAAACAGCAGAGGCUGUUCCAGUCGAGUCGGCUUCUUUCUCUGAAGUAACAUCUGCUCCAAAGGCCUCAGAUGAGCCAGCAGAGGGCUCCAGUUUCAAGCCUGACCCUUCUCUCAUGGACUUCGGCCAAUCCAGCCCCGAGGAUGAAGACCUGUACAGCACGCGAAGCUGAGACACCGCUGCCAGCCGCAGGAGAAGCCUCAUUCCCACACACUGCCAUCUCAUAUUUCAUUCUAAUUGACAAAUGCUCUGUCAUUACGCGUUGUAAAUAGGCCAUUUUGCAAGCAAUCGCAGAUAGAAAGACUUUAAUCAACAUUUCCAUUCUCAUUUCGUCUGCCCACAUCAGUUGUUUCCACAGAAAACAUCCCAGUUCAUUUGCAUUACAGCAGCGAGGCAGUGAAUUUGGGCACACAUAACUGAAUCAGCUUGCGUGGGACAGAAAACUGGAAAAAAAUUGAAAAAAAAACCACCCACUACGAUUUACUACUACAAGCUUUUACAUCCCAAAUGGCAGAUUGUGAAAUUUUUUUUUCAGUGUCAUUUGACAAAUACCGCCUUUUGUGCUACAACUUUCACAGUCGCGAAUGCAGGUUGCUUUUAUUUAUUGUAAUUUAUCCCAGUGCGUCAGUGAACUGAAAAAUCUGCACAUGUGCUGGUGAUGAUUACAAGAUGGACAAGUGCUGUUUCGCUUUGCAACACGGGAAAUUGUCUUCACUCGUUAACUAUGGAACUCAGAAUAAAUUUAUAUUUUUCAUGAA